CGGACCCGGGGCGGGGUGGGCGGCGCGGCCGUGAGGAGAGCGCGUCUGUCCCGCGUUCCCGUGGAUCCCGGGACGGGGCUGGGGUGCCGGCUGCUGGCCGCUGGCCCUCGGCCUGCGCCCCUGGCAGCCGCUGUCUGCCACCUGAACCCGUCUGGGAGAUGUCCGGGUCUGCGCGCGGCAGUGUUUUCCGCAUCCUCCUUUCGGAAGAUCCCCGCUGUUGCUGGCAUCCCUGACUCCGUGCUGUGUUCUGCGCUGUGUCCGUGUGAUUAGGCGUCUUCGCGCAGGAGGGAAGCAAAUGGAUCCCCUGCCCAAUCCCGCGCCCUUGGCCUCGAAGCUGCGGAACACGCUGGUUCGGUACCACAGCAUCGGAGACGGCGAGUGGCGGGUGGCGAAGAAAACCAAAGAUGCAACCGUGUGGCGUAAACCAUCAGAGGAAUUCAGUGGAUACCUCUACAAAGCUCAAGGAGUGGUGGAAGAUGUUACUAACAGAAUAGUGGAUCAUAUUCGGCCUGGACCUUACAGGCUGGACUGGGACAGCCUAAUGACUUCAAUGGACAUCAUGGAAACAUUUGAAGAGAACUGCUGUGUGAUGCGCUAUACAACUGCUGGCCAGCUCUGGAACAUCAUAGCACCGAGGGAGUUUGUUGAUUUCUCUUACACUACAAGUUAUGAAGAUGGGCUUCUAACAUGUGGCAUAAGCCUGGACUAUGGAGAGGUGAGACCAAACUUUGUCCGUGGAUUCAAUCACCCUUGCGGUUGGUUCUGCGUCCCUCUCAAGGACUCUCCUGGCCACAGUCUUUUGACAGGCUACAUCCAGACUGAACUGCGAGGGAUGCUACCACAGUCUGCAGUAGACACUGCCAUGUCUAGUACCCUGGCCAAUUUCUACUCUGACCUCAAAAAGGCACUCAAAGCAUAGACAAACAGAGACUUAAAAGCCAGUGCAUUCCUUGCAAUCAGAUUAUGUUGUUUAGCUUAUCGUAGGUUACCUACUAAAUUGAGGUAACACUCUUCCUGAAUGUCACCUAAACCUUUGUGUUGAGGAUCCAAGUAAAUUAGCAAAUUUAGCAAGUGCUUUUUGAUGUAAUAAUUGGCAUACACUCCCAGUGAACAGUGCGAGAUACUUUUUUGCUGCUCAGCACUCUGCAGCUUUGUGAGGAAUAGCCUGAAUCUCUAAACUGCCAGCUUCCUCAGUAGAAAGCACAAGAUGUGUGUGUGGGCUUGAAAAAUGCAGUGUGAGCUCAGCUCUCUCCAGCAGUUUUGUGAGCCAGCUGCUCAGGAUUUUGAUGGUGCAGGUUGCUGUACAGGCAGCGUCUCAUUGAAGAUGUAAUUUUAUAAUAUAUAUAUAUAUAUAUAUAUUUAUAUUUACCUAAAUUUUAAUUUAUUUUUCAAAGUUUGUUCAACUGCAUCUGUAAUUUUUUUUUAAAUUUGCUUUGAUUUAUCAUAUGGAUAUUAUAUAGCUAAGUUGUUAAAUGAUACUAUUCAUAAGAAAGCUACUUGUACUUGAGAGCAAAAAUAAGUGUUCAUUAUUGGCAUUUCUUUGAUGUUGUAACUGUAACUUAUUUGCUGUUGUAUAUAACAGUCUAGUACAUAAAGAAAUGCCCUUACAGCUGAUCCAAAGCUCAUUUAGAUCAUCAGGUGUCUUUCCAUAGGUUUUUUGGUGGGCUUUUAAUCACACAAUUGUCAAAAUAGCAAACCUCCAGUGGAUCUUCAGUGAUACCCAGUACUUCUAAGGAGUUUUUUACUUAAACUUGCAUGUAAUAGUGUGUGUGGGGAUUUAAUUUGGUUGGGUUUUUGGGGGGUUUUCUUUCUAUGUAUGUUUCUUUAACUGCAAACCCUGGAAUUACAAAAGCAGCUGAAAGAGCCACUCAUUUGCUUCAGAGAUAGGUGUUGCUGUAGCCACAGCAGCACAGACUUGCCAGUGUUCUGGUGCUGUGGAGUGUCCUGUGUUACUUCCCCUAGAUUGCACUUUGCAAUAAAUAAACAUCUUGAAACAUGAGCAACUGAAGGCCAAAGCUCAAGCUGCAGAAUUGCUGAGAUCUGCUGAAGGAUACAGGGUCUUUUUUUUAAGAUGCAAAUUUCAAGGAUAUUCAGCAAUCUGAAUCUGUGAUUCUGAGAUACAUAGCAGCAGCAUUUAAAAAAUUACUCCCUCCCUGCUAGGAACAUGAAUUCUGUUUAAAAUCUGAUGUUAAGCCUUUGAUGUUGGUAUGUGUCAUUUGCUCAGGUGACACUGUAGUUUAACCCCAUGUUUUGCCAGCGCUCACAGUUGCAAGUUUAGCUGUGUAGGAGUUUGGAAAGGUAUCUUGGAUCCCUGAUAUUGGGGAGUUGUAUACGUACAAUCCAGGGAGAGGUAAUGGACCCUCAAAAAACCAAAAAUUCAGAUGAAAGUCUGAAUUUGUAAUACUGGCUUUUUUGACACUGGCCCCUGUAACUGAACUAUGAAUAGUGAGGACUUUCCUUUCUCAUUGCUCAAUCAGAGAGGGAGAAAAAACAUAAUACCAAAUAUAGUGGGGCCUUCCUCAACCUGCUUCAUGUUUUAAGGUAUUUAGUACUAUUUGAGACUGUUAAAAACAAUGCAUGAAACAGCCUUUGGGUCUUCAUGGGCAGAAAAUGUUAAUUCCUUUUUAGGUUUUAUGUAUUCUGCAUUUCCCUUUAAACCCCUCGAUUAGUCUUCCCAUUUUUUUCCUACCUUCCUUGUGUCUGUCAAAGAACUGCAAGCUCACAAGGUGAUCUUCUACUGCCAAGCACACCAAGGAAUUGCUGCCAGAAUCCUCUCCUUUCUAGUACUGGUACAGAAGUAAUUAUGAAAUCUCUGGCUGUACUGCUCUGUGGGAUGAAUGAUGACAUGAUUGUAGAGGAAACUGUUUAAACGGUAUCCUAUUUUUUCUUCCCAGUUACAAAGAUUACAUGUGCAGUGAAUCUGCAUAUUCAUGUCUUCUCUUUUUAGAGCUGCUGGGACUGACUAAUGGAGGGGUUGUGAUACAGAUGCACGUAGAGAAAAAUAUUGCCCAGUUUAAAUCUGCACAGAGGCACUUCAGUGCUGGAGAAAUGGGUCAGAAAGAGCACAAGACACUUACCAGGAGGAUGCUUGUACAAUAUCAGGCAGGGAAAAGUAAUUGUUCCAAACACCCAUUUUAGUGGCUCUGACACAUAUACAGUAUUUAUCCAUAUUUAGUAUCCACUGAAAUGGCUUUUUCUCUUUUUGGUAGAGACAAGUUGGUGAAGCACAGAGUGGCUGAAGAAAGAACUUGAGCUAAAAUAAGAAAAUUGCUAGUGUAUUUUUGUAUAUUGAUGCUUCUAAUAAAAAUUUCAGCUACUGAUUAAUACAGAACUAGAAAAAAAGAUGUCCAAUUUCAAAAGUAUUUAUUUGAACCUAAAAUUUAUAUUAUUUUUAUAUAGCUACAGAUGGAGAGGGAGGAAGAACUGUUCUUUAACCAGAGUACCUCAGAACCGAGAAAGCCACAAUAUCAGAGCCUCUUCUCCCACUGUUGCAUUCUCCUCCUGAGUUACUGGACAAUCUAGGUGGAGCCAGGAGGGUUAAAACAGGAAAGAAGUGCCAAGGACAAAGUGCAGGAACCUAUGUUUUGCUUAUGCAGAAGAAAUGGGAAACAAAGUAAAUGCUUAGCACAGAUUUCUAUCACUUAGGAAUAUAGUUAUCUAGAAGCGACUUCUGAACAAAUUGCCCAGGAAUAGCAGAGAUCUGGCUUUGCUAGACAAAUAGCAUGUAUAUAGACACAUCAAAAUUAUUUUUAUAUGGCUAAUAAUUUUUAAAAAAAACUUAGUUUUUUUAGAGAUUUGGGCAAUGUGACACUAUACGCUUUGGCACUUUAUCUAGGUGCUUUGUAGGUGUGGGAAACAUGACUGGAGAUAAGAGAAUUUUCAUGUUUGAGUUCUGUUCUUCAUCUAAAACCUCCAGCAUUAAACCUUGCCUGUGAUAUGCAGAAGAUGCAGAGCUGGGGUUAAGCUCAAUUUAGAGGCAGUCAAAGUAGUCUACCAAAUCUGGCUGGGAGGUGGACUAGUACUUCAGAGAUAUAUUCUGUGCACAGGCCCUGACCUCAAAUUUGAUGAAUUUGUAAAUGUGAAACAUGAUGAAACAUGCUUACAAGACACAGCAUAUAUAAUUCCUCCAGUAAUCAUAAGUAGCCAGAACAUGAUGGUGUGGCCUGGUUGUUUAAUCUAGGAGGUUCACUGUUGUAAAAAUAGCCCUAAUUCUAGAGAAACCACUCAAGUUGUGCCUGUGAAAGUCAAAGUCUGUUUUAACAGUGGGUUUAACUUACUGUAUUUAGCAUUUAAGCAGUUGUAUUUGUAUUUUGAGUGCAAAUGCAGAAUAAAUAAUAGAAUCCGA